CAUGUAGCAUCAACAUGCAGCCACCAGAGGACAGCCAUUCACUGCCCUUUUUUUUCUACUUUAAUGACAACCUGAAUUUGCGAACAGUUCUUCCGCGUUUUUGAGCAAGUUUAGUGACACCGAGAUGACUUUCUGCAGUUCCUGGUAUCCUAUGGGAGUCUUCAAUCCUAAAGGAAGGAUUUAGGCUUCAAGUUCUUCAACAUAGUCACGAGGAGAAAGUAGAAAAACGAACUGUUAUUAUUUUACGUAGUGUAGCAAGCACGACCCCAUUGUGAACUACAAGUCCGCACUUCUUGCGUGUUUUGUCGAGCAGUGCUAUUGCAAUAGAUGGUACAUUUCCUGUAUUUUACAGUGCCGGUAUGUAAACCGCGGCGCUGCUGUCGAUAGACGUCAUCUGACAGCAGCAAUAACUCUUUUAAGUUUCGGUUUCCUGGGUUUCACAGGUGCCGUACAGUAUCGUCGACAUAACAACGAAACUCAGGGCUACAUCACAGGCUGCAGCCAUGGCUUCAGGGAGCGAGAGCCGCGAGCUCGAGUGUAUGAUCUGCUUGAAAUUAUUUACAGAUCCGACCACCAUACCCUGCGGACACAGUUAUUGUAUAGAGUGCAUCAAGACGUUCCGGCAGUCCCAAAUCAACAAAUACAACAAAUACAGCUGUCCACAAUGCAAGGACCCACUUGGGAAGGAACCCGAACUCAAGAAGAACACUACACUGUGCGCCUUAGUCGAGUUAUCCAAAACCGCAGAACCGAAGCAGCCUCCGAGUCCUACCGCCUCCGAGGAUGGGACCCACGACUCCCAGUGCGACAUCUGCAACCCAGAGAGGGCUACGGCGACCUGUCUGACCAGCAACAUGUCGUAUUGCCCCAAGCACGUUGAAACGCACUACGAAAAUGGACAUUUAAAAAGCCACAAGCACCGGAAUGUCAUCGAGGCUGUGUGCGAAACAGGGGGUGAAUAUCAGUGCGUGGAUUGCGUGGCUGCGCAUCCCGCGUGUCUUUACAGCAGUGUGCAGGGAGAGUUUGACAAAAAGAAAGAGACCCUGAAAAGGAAGCUGGAGUCGGUGACAUCUGCCAUCCAAACAACGGAGGAGAACCUGGCAAAGAGGAGCAAAGAAAAACGCGAGAUCGAGACUCUUGUCUUUCAGCAAUCUGCUGCAAGGAUAAACGAGUCACUCAGCAGAGAGUUUGCAGAAUUAAGACAGGUUUUGGAGGAGAGAGAGAAGGCGGCGCUGAGUGCUGUCCGUAGCAGUCAGAAGGCGGCGAGCAGCCGGGUGUCACAGAUCAUUCACGGUCUGAGCUCAGCCCAGGACGCCCUGCAGAGAAAGAAGAGCGAGCUGGAGCUGGUGAAUGUGAAAGACUUCUUUGAAUUUCUGAGGACGGAUCUGCCCGAGUCUGAAGAGAGUUCCCUUGCUGUGGAUGAAGAGAGCACAGCUCUGAUCCAGGAGGAGGGGUCUGCAGUGAAGGAUGCCAUCGCUGACCUGAAGGAGGACGUUCAGUCUAAACUGGACAACGCCAUAAAGGCCAUAAAGCAAACACAAACAGAAGAAAUUACAGAAGCUCAUCUAGAAUCGGAAGCUGCAGAGCCUGAAAAUGAUACUGCCCCAAAAAGAUCGGCUGAACUUAUCCAGUGUUUUGCCAACCUCACCUUUGACCCAAACACAGCCCAUAAGCGCCUAGCACUGUCGGAAGGAAACCGCAGAGUGACGGUGAAGCAGAAUAACCGGACAGAUUCAUGCAUGCAGGAGCGCUUCACAAUUAGCCACGUCAUGGCUUCCACAGGCUUCUCUGAGGGCUGCCACUACUGGGAGGUGAACACCCAUCUCAGCAAAGGCUGGGCCAUCGGGAUAGCCUACCAGCGGCUGGGACGCGCAGACAAACUGGGGAGGAACGCCCUCUCGUGGUGCGUGGAGUGGAGCAGGUCACGCUUCUCCGCCUGGCACGACAGUGUGGAAGUGAGGCUCCCUCAGGGGGAGCUCUCUGGGAUAGGGGUGCACUUGAAGUGUGACGAGGGCAAGGUGUCGUUCUACGCCGUGUCCGUGUCCGAGACCCUCCUGCACACCUUUGAUGUGCAGUUUAGCGAGCCGGUAUUUCCAGUGUUUUGGUUGUUUGGGCUGGAUAAGGGUAGUGCUUUGUCUUUUGUGGAGCCGUAGUAUGGGAAGCCUGGAUAAUAUGUGUGUGAAUCUAUAACCUGAUGUCUUUCAAAUGCAAUAAAUUAAUAAAUUCAAUAAACACGAAGCA